AUGGCUUCUUCCGACGCGACGAUGGCUAAGCCGCAGGCCAAGACACUUGACGCAAUACCGGCAGAAGGGCAGCACAUCAGCCAUGAGGGGAAAGAGUACACAACAAUCAAGGAGGGAUUGGCGCACAUCCUCGUGCCGCAGGACACACCUACAUCGACCGACCCGCGAAUGUCGAAGGAGGAUACGCAGAAGCAGCAGGUCUUCUAUAAUCCCAUCCAGCAGUUUAACCGUGAUCUGAGUGUGCUUGCGAUCAAGACGUUUGGGUUGGACUCGAUACAGCGAAAGCACGAGAAGCACGCAAAGUCGCUGAAGAAAGGCCCAAGGAAACAGAAAGGCCAGGCUAAGGGGACGGUAGAGGAGCAGACGCAGCAAGCGGAGCUAGCGGAGCCAGCGACUACGGAAGACGAGAACACACUGAAGCGCAAGCUCGCAGAAGUCGAGGCCGCUAAUACAGCACCUUCGCCUAAGAAGCAGAAGGUUGCAGACAAUGGCGAUGCUUCCAAAGAGGGAGAAGUGGCCCCUGCACCAGGUGCGCAGGCGGAGACGAGCAAGGAGCCGAAGCCUUGGAGAGCGCCGUUCACCAUCCUCGAUGCGCUCUCGGCGACCGGUCUGCGCGCUCUGCGAUAUGCUAAAGAGAUACCAUUUGCGACGUCGAUCACGUCCAACGACAUGUCGAAAGAUGCCGUGGAGUCGAUCAAGAUGAACAUCAAACACAACAAGCUCGAAGGAACCAUCAAACCCAACACGGGCAACGCCAUAGCCUAUAUGUACAGCUACUGCGACAAGAAGGGCUACGAUGUGAUCGAUUUGGACCCAUACGGCACAGCGGCACCAUUCAUCGAUUCCGCCAUACAGGCAAUCGAAGACGACGGUCUGCUCUGCGUAACUUGCACAGAUUCAGCUAUCUUUGCAUCACACGGCUACCUAGAGAAGACAUAUUCACAAUAUGGAGGAUUGCCGUUCAAGGGCGAGUCUUGUCAUGAAGGGGGUCUGCGCCUUGUCCUCCAUGCUAUUGCACAAUCGGCUGGACGUUACGGCAUGGCGAUCGAGCCUCUGCUUUCGCUCUCCAUCGACUACUAUCUCCGAGUCUUCGUACGAGUGAGAAAGGCGCCGAACGACGUGAAGCUUUUGGCAGGUAAGACCAUGAUCGUGUACUCCUGUGACAACGGCUGCGGCGCGUGGACAACACAGUUCCUUGCACGUAACAAGGCCACAAAGAACAAGAAGGGCGACCUGUUUUACAAGCAUGGUUUCGCCGCCGGCCCUACGGCAGACGAGCACUGCAGACACUGCGGGACGAAGACACACCUCGUUGGGCCCAUGUACGGCGGGCCUCUGCAUAACGUAGGAUUCGUUGAAAGAGUACUGGCUCAGUUGAGCGAAGUCGAUCGCAGGACAUACCCGACCAUGGACAGGAUAGAAGGCAUGCUGCGUACAGCACUGGAAGAGAUCACAUUUGGCGUAAAGCCAAAGGAUGAGAAGAGCAAACAGGUGCUCGACCCCCUCAUACCCAAGGCUGACCCUGCAGAGGUGGACCACCAUCCUUUCUUCUUCAUUCCCAGCUCCAUCUCGAGAGUUGUGCACUGCUCUGCGCCACCAACCGCAGCCUUGCGUGGCGCGCUUCGACACGCAGGUUUCGAAGUGACAAUGAGCCACUGCAAGCCCGGGUCGCUCAAGACAGACGCGUCGUGGACCGACAUCUGGCACAUCAUGACAGAGUGGAUUCGCCAGAAAGCGCCGCUCAAAAACCCCCUAAAGGAAAAUACUGCAGGCCGCGCAAUCAUGUCAAAGCCCACUACCAGCGCAGCAAAGACCAACGGCACAGCGGCCACCACAGCGACAGACUCCAUCGUGCCGAGCGGCGAGAGUGCGGAUGUGGAGAUGACCAACACAGAGGGAAAUGCAGAUGCAGCGGCAGCAGAACAAGAUACAACGUCGCGACCCUCAUACCUAGGCACGAACUUCGUAGUCAAAUUCGACGAGAAGCUAGGCAGAGACCACGACAGAGGCAAGUACGUGCGCUACCAGCUCGCGCCACGAGAGAACUGGGGCCCCAUGGCUCGCGCAAAGUAA